AUGUCUCUUGAGACACUCAUGAAACGUUUCUUCACCAUCGAAGACUUAAGCGAGAAACCUAGCUGGAGUGUUGAAGAAGCUGCAUGUGAAAGGUUUUACACGGAAACGACGACAAGGGAUGAGAGUGGUAAAUACAUUGUGAAGCUUCCACGCAAACCAGACAUGAUUGGGCGGAUGGGUGAAUCGCGAAUGAUCGCAUUACGGCGGUUUUUAGCCAUCGAGCGUCGGUUAGAACGAGAACCCGAAACGCGAAAGGCGUAUACUGAGUUCAUGGAUGAGUAUUUACACCUGGGGCACAUGAGCAAGGUGGUCUCAGAUCGAACGACAGCAGAGUGUUACUAUCUGCCUCAUCACCCUGUGUUUAAGGCAGAUAGUACAACCACGAAAUGUCGAGUAGUGUUCGACGCUUCCAGCAAAACGUCAACAGGAGUGUCACUGAAUGAUACUAUGAUGGUUGGUCCAACAUUGCAACAGGACGGUGCGUCGAUCUUGCUGCGAUUUAGAACCCAUCAAGUGGCUUUGACAGCAGAUGUCGCUAAAAUGUAUCGCCAGGUAUGGGUACACCCUGACGAUCGCAAGUUGCAGCGUAUUUUGUGGCGAUCAUCACCGUCAGAUCCGAUAGAAGAAUUUGAGCUAAAUACAGUCACGUAUGGUACUGCGGCGGCACCAUUCCUGGCGGUACGAACUCUGCAGCAGACAAGGGAAGACCACAAAGAAGAGUUUCCCAUAGCAGCAUCACGAGAACAUGAUUUUUACGUGGACGAUUUUGUCUCUGGUGACAAAUCAAUAGAAGAGGCACGAGAGCUGCAGUUUCAGAUGAACCUCCUCUACGCUAAGGGAGGAUUUUCGUUACAUGCCUUCAUCGCUGCGCUUAGACGUUUCGUGGCUCGACGCGGGCUUCCAGCCGAGCUUCAUUCGGAUAAUGGCACAAACUUCAAGGGAGCCAGCAACCAGCUCAACAGUUUAUAUAAACUGUUUCGUUCCGAUGAUUACCAGACAGCCGUGCAAUCGUGGACCCUGGAGAAGGGCAUCACCUGGAAGUUCAUCCCCCCUCGAGCUCCCCAUUUUGGUGGGUUGUGGGAAGCAGCCGUGCGGUCUACGAAGCAUCAUCUUCUGCGUGUGUUGGGCAGCUCCUCGCUGUCGUUCGAAGACAUGGCGACGCUAUUGGCGAACAUCGAAUGCUGCCUGAACUCUCGCCCCAUCACGCCGCUGACGGAUGACCCAAGCGAUGUAUCGGCGCUCACUCCGGGCCAUUUCUUGGUUGGUGCACCGUUGCUUCAAAUUCCGGACAUCGAUACGACACAGCUUCCAGCGAAUCGGCUAACCCAUUGGGGACACGUGCAACAAUUGUCGCGUCGAUUUUGGGAUAGUGUGCAAAUCGCCUAA